AUGCGCAACACCGGUCCAUGGGAUACAUCUAGCGGCAGUUUGCGGAUUCCAGUCAGAUGGGCCUUCACGGCAACUGGAUACCUGAACGUUCCGCUUCUUGUCUGGCUCGCCCUGGUAGCGAUGGCAGCAGUUGCAUGUGCGCGAGUUGCAAGGUUCUCGUUCUCGGCGUUUGCCUGGGGCGCUUUGAUUAUUCUUGCAGUCGUUCUCAUUAUGCAGGGCUACUGGUAUUUUCUCAACCCAUACACUCCUUUGGAGAAGCACCGGGAACAGUUCACGAAAGGCCUGGAGAAGAGGCUUCGUCGGUGCAAGCGAGGUCCUGAACGCGCCAUCACCGCAAAGCAGUUGGUGGAUUUCGUGGAAUUCUUCCAAGGUUUCAUAUUGCAGCGCACCAUGUACUACGUGAACGACAACAUCAUCCAGCCACUUACGAAAAGGGAUGCCGUCUCCUUUGCUGAGAUGGUUGGGCCUAGUCCCGUCGCUUGGUUCGUGAGCCACUACUGGGGAACUGCUCUGCGCCACUUCGCUGACUCGGUCCGCAAGCACGCGCAGCUCAUCCACGGCGAAGACUGGAAGACCAAUGCAUACUGGAUCUGCACCUUCAGCAACAACCAGUGGGCAGUUGAAGAGGAGCUUGGCAACGGCCAGUGGCAGGAGUCUUCCUUCUACCUUGCGCUUCGAGAUGCACGGUGCCGAGGAACUGCUAUGGUCUUAGAUGAGCUCGCCCUUCCACUGACACGCGCUUGGUGCCUCUUUGAAGUGUUGCAGACACUCUUGCUCUCCCAGCAGGACAAGAGCUUCGGAGGUCUUCAGUUCUGCACUUCUACCGGAGUGAUCAAUGCGGGCCAGUCAGGCACAGAUGUUGCCAUGGCAACGGCCAAGCGCCUGGCAAACCUGGACAUGUGUAGGGCUGACGCAAGUAACCCAGACGACCUUCGCAUGAUUCGGGAUCUGGUGGAGCAAAUGCCCGGCGGCUUUGACUCCAUGAAUAGCUUUGUGCGCAGUUCCAUGCGAACAGCGCUGAUGGCCGUCAACAGCCAGUUCGUGAGAGAGUUCCAAGAACUUACAGACAUUCUCGCUCAAAACUCAAGGGAAGAGAGUGAUGAUACUGAUUUGCCUUGUACGGCUGCCGUAGAGCCCGCCGCCGCAAUGCCAACGCUGCUGCAACGCGGCGCCUCCGGCGCCACAACAAAGAAGACCGGGUGA